AUAAUGAAAGAGGAAACAUAGAUAUUUAGGGUAAAAAAGUAGAUACAUUAUUUCGCCUGGCAUUGCUUUGCUCCCUAUGCAUUUUUAGGUUAUUUCAUGACAAUCCCAAGCGCAGCAGAACCAUCCUGGCUUAAGAUCAAUCAAACAAAACAUAAAUACAGAAUCGAUUUCAAUUGGAUGAAUGUUGCAUUUCUGAUGUACUCUCUUCAAAGAUUAUAUAGAGGUUAUUUGCUUGCAAGUGGCAUUGAGAUGAAAGGCAAUCUGAGACAGAUAAUGAUUAAAUGUGAGACCAUGCUUAUCGUGGCUCUGGUGUUGCAAUGGUUUCUCCCCUUCAGAGAAGGGACUCUGAUAAUAAGAGUAUUCAUGGGAGCUUUGAUCAAUCUCGACAUAAAGUACAGCAAUGUCUAUUUUAAAACUAUGAUGAAACCUAUUGAAGUUUAUAUUAAGAAAAAAUUUCCAGAAUAAUUAAAUGGUAAUGGAAUCAAUAUUAAUGAUAACUAGUUAAAAAUCUAGGUCAAUAUUUAUGUCAGUAUCAAUAUAUUGCCUUUGGAAUUGGGUGGACAAUUUAGGGACUUAUGGCUUACAGCUAUCCCAAAAUCGAGAUGCUUAACAAGUUGAAGAUUUAUGAUGAUUGUGUUCUGUGGAAUUUGUUAAUCUCCUUGCCAACAGUAUUUUUGGCAAUUAGACUGAUCAAUUUACAUCUUUCAUUUAAUUAUGAUGAUCUAAAGACUUGCACCCCUAAUGAGGCUGAGUACUUCUUGGCCAAUAUGUUCAAGAAAGCCAAUGUAGAGGAGGUAAUAGACAUGUACCACGAAAAACGACUUGUUGAUAGUAAAAUACAAUUUUAUCAUUAGAUGAUGAGUACGAAUUAGAUGAAUAAAAGACUCUCAAAAUCAUUUAGAUCAUCAUGUAUUCAAGUAGCACCAUGAUGUUAGUCUUCUUUAUUAAUCGUUUGAAUGUAGAUUCCAAUGGAGUUAUCUAUUAAUCUAUGCCUUUUCAUUACUUCAUUUUUGGAUUAACAAUGAUUUUGGCAAAUUACCUGCCUUGUAAAUUGUUUUAUAAGGUUCCAUAAUUGUUACUGUAUAGAUUAAGUUUGUUCAUGAGCAUUAUUAUCAAUUUGGCAUUGGUGAUUAGCAUUUAAAUUUAAUCCUAUUAUUUCAUUUUGAUCUCUUGCAUCUUGGCAAUAUUUAGUAAUGGGGUGGGUUUAUUCUCAUUCACUAGUAGCUAUAAUUAUGUAUAAAUCACUUAAUAACUCAGUACGUUGAUGAUUUCAUGCCAAUCCAACUUAGUUAAGGCUUGAGUUUAGCAGUCUUGGUUGGACUGCAAUUCUUUAUUCGGGAGUAAGUGUUUGGAAUAAGUCUAAUGGUAACUACUAUAUUAGGAAUAUUCAUAUGGAGAAGAGUGUAAUAUUUAAUUGAAUAGGAGGAAGAGGAUGAAGAUAACGCUAAAUUGAUUAUGUGAUAUAAGAGUGUAUUAAAGAG